AUGGUUGGAGACGAAUUUUUAAUUGAUGGCAUUGGUUCAAAUGAAAAUGAUAGAAUAUUAAAUAAUAAUAAUAUUAAUAUUAAUAUUAAUGAUAAUAGUAGUAAUAACACCAAUAGUAUUGAAAAUGAAGUUAAUAAUAUAUUAAAAAAUGAUGAUGAUAAUAAUAACAACAGUUUUGAUGAUAAUAAUAAUAAUAAUAAUAACAGUGAUAAUGAUAACUUUGAAUUAAAAGAAAUACAAUCAUUGGAAAAUAGUUAUGAUGAUUUAGAGACAUCAUAUGAUAUAGACCCUGUAUUGAAAAAGAAUAUACUGGAAGCUGAUUUGAAAGAAAUGGAAAAGGAUUCAAAUCAAACUCCAAUGGUAGAUCAUUUAGUAUUCAUUGUACAUGGUGUUGGAAAUCAGCUAUCCGAAAGUAAAAUUGCUACUCUAGAACAAAAUGUUAACUUAUUGAAAAAGAAUUUCAAUAUAAUCUCUCAAAAAGUUGCAACAACAGGAAGACAAAUUAAUGUAGAAUUCAAAAUGAUUGAAUGGCAUUCAAAAAUUAGAAAAGAUAAUUUAGAUAAUGAUUUAGAAAAGAUAUCACCAAAUUCAAUUGAAAAGAUAAGAGGAUUUGUAAAUGAAACGAUCUUUGAUAUUAUGUUGUAUAUGACACCAGAGUUUCAUAAUGAAAUUAUGAAGGAAGUUAGCGGUCAGAUAAAUAGUACCUAUCAGAACUUUAUGAAUCAUCACCCAAAGUUUAGAGGUUUAGUAUCGAUAUUUGCACAUUCACUGGGUUCUGUCAUUGUUUUCGAUCUGCUUUCAAAGAAACAUGUCAAUUUCAAGAUUGAAAAUGUAUUUGCAGUUGGAUCACCACUUGGAUUGUUCCUCCGACUGAAUGGACAUCAACUUGGUAAGCUGGAUAUUGAGAAGGUCAUUCCACAGUGUUCACAUUGGCAUAAUAUAUUCUCACCGACCGAUCCUGUAGCCUAUAGAAUCGAACCCUACAUCGAUGAACGGUAUCUACAGUUGAAACCGCUAUUGAUUGAUAUCCCCGAUCCAGUUGUCGAAAAGAAGAACAAUCUAUUCAAUUCAUACAAGGAGAAGUUAGGUGGAUUUUUUGGAAGAUCAAAGACAACGACAGCAAACUCUACUUCUCCGCCCAAUGGUAGUACAACUGUUACCGCCUCAACUACUAGUAGCGCCACUGCUGUAGCUACCAAUGGUAAAACAAUAACAACCACUACUACAACCACUACUACAGCAACAGAAACAUCAAUGGCAUCACUAUCUACUUCACUGGAAAGUAACAACUCUGACAAAUCUUCUGAAUCUUCGCCACCUAUAAGAUUGGAAAUGGAAAUGGAAAUGUCAUCAAUAACAACUACCAACUCUAAAAACAGCAACAACAAAGAUGUAGAAUGCUCUACCGAAUCAUUGCUGACUUCAGCAUUGAACAAAUCACAUCCAUUGGAAUCUACACCAACUAAACUAUCACCAAAGAUGGCCACUGAAGAUUGCAAUAUUUUAAACGGCAUAGCAAAUCAGACAACAGAUAACAGCAUUAGUAACGAUCUAAAACCAAAUAAUAACAAUAAUAACGGUCAACCAAAAGAGUUUAUAAAUAGUAAUCCAAAGAGAUUCGAUUAUAUAUUGGAAGAAGGUUCAAAUAUCUGGAGAAAUGGUAUUCCUAGUUAUUUUAUUUCGAUUAUAUCACAUAUCUGCUAUUGGGAUUCAAAGAUUGUUGCAAAGUUCCUCGUUAAAUCUCUCACCUAUAAAUGGACAAAGAUAGCAGAACUCACCACAAAACAAAGACAAUCUACACUCGACAUCAAUGCACUCGUUCAAGACAACAAAGAUAGCAAUACACCAAUAAUAGGAUUCAAUAGAAUAAGUAGAUCAACCACAAAUAACAACAACAACAACAACAACAACAACAACAACAACAACAACAACAACAACAACAACAAUAGCAACAACAAUACCUUACCAAUGUCAGCUUCACUACCAAUAGAUAUAAGGCAUUCAAAAGAGAUUAAUUAUUCUUUAUAA